AUGACCACUCCGCAACCGACCAACCCGAACGCUCAGUUCCCGCCUCACGACCCGACCGCCCAGUUCUCCUUCCCCAAGGCAGAGGAGGAGGUCGUCGAGUACUGGAGGGCCAUUGAUGCUUUCCGAACAAGCGUCCAGCAGUCGAAGGACGAGGGUCGCCCGAACUAUGUCUUCCUCGACGGUCCUCCCUUUGCGACUGGCUUGCCGCAUCACGGUCAUCUGCUGAUGGGCACCGUCAAGGACAUCGUUACUCGAUUCUGGCACUCGAACGGCUUCCACGUCGAGCGCCGCUUCGGCUGGGACACGCACGGUCUCCCCGUCGAGCACGAGAUCGACAAGAAGCUCGGCAUCACCUCCAAGGCCGACGUGAUGGCGAUGGGUAUCGACAAGUACAACGCCGAGUGCCGUGCCAUCGUCAUGCGGUACGCGUCCGAGUGGCGCCGCACCGUCGAGCGUCUCGGUCGCUGGAUCGACUUUGACAACGACUACAAGACCCUCUACCCGACGUUCAUGGAGUCGGUCUGGUGGGUCUUUGGCCAGCUGUGGAAGAAGAACCUCGUGUACCGCGGAUUGAAGGUCAUGCCCUACACCACCGGCUGCACGACCCCUCUCUCCAACUUCGAGGCCGGUCAGGCGUACAAGGACGUCCAGGAUCCGGCCGUCACCGUCGCCUUCACCCUCGUCGACGACCCGAAGACCUCCUUCCUCGCAUGGACGACCACGCCCUGGACCCUCCCCUCCAACCUCGGUCUCUGCGUUCACCCCGACUUCACCUACGUCAAGAUCCACGACGUCGAGCGCGACGCCAACUUCAUCCUCUGCGACAAGCUCCUCAACGCCUUGUACAAGGACCCGGCAAAGGCCAAGAAGGACAAGAAGUUUGAGGUCCUCGAGACGUACAAGGGGUCUGACUUGGUCGACAUCAAGUACGAGCCGCUCUUCCCGUACUUUGUCGAGAAGUACGGAUCCCGCGCCUACCGCGUCCUCUCCGAUCCGUACGUGACCGACUCGUCCGGUACCGGUAUCGUCCACCAAGCCCCGGCAUUCGGUGACGACGACCACCGCGUCGCUGUCGCGCACGGCGUUGUCGCGAAGGACGAGAUGCCGCCUUGCCCGAUUGAUGAGAAGGGUGUUUACACGGAUGAGGUGCCCGACUUCAAGGGCAUGUAUGUCAAGGAUGCCGACAAGCACAUCACCAAGUUCCUCAAAAACGCUGGCAAGAUCAUCGUCGCAUCGACCUUGACCCACUCGUACCCCUUCUGCUGGCGCUCCGGCACGCCCCUCAUCUACCGCGCCAUCCCCGUCUGGUUCGUCCGCGUCCAAGGCCACCAAGACGAGCUCGUCAAGAACAACAAGGCGACGCGCUGGGUUCCUGCCUCGGUCGGCGAGAACCGCUUCCAGAACUGGCUCGAGAACGCCCGCGACUGGAACGUCUCGAGGAACAGGUACUGGGGAACGCCGUUGCCGCUUUGGGCGAGCGAGGACUACGAGGAGAUCGUCUGCAUCUCGUCGAUUGCCGAACUCGAGGAGUUGUCGGGCGUCAAGGGCAUCACCGACCUCCAUCGCGACAAGAUUGACCACAUCACCAUCCCUUCGAAGCAGGGCAAGGGACAGCUGAAGCGUGUCGAGGAGGUCUUUGACUGCUGGUUUGAGUCGGGCAGCAUGCCCUACGCGCAGGUCCACUACCCCUUCGAGAACAAGGGCGCGUUCGAGCACUCUUUCCCGGCCGACUUCAUCUCGGAGGCGAUGGACCAGACCCGUGGCUGGUUCUACACGCUCCUCGUCCUCUCGAACCACCUCUUCGGUACCGCUCCCUGGAAGAAUCUCAUCGUCUGCGGCCACGUCCUCGCCGCCGAUGGCAAGAAGAUGUCCAAGUCGCUGAAGAACUACCCCGACCCGAACAUGAUCAUCGACCGGUACGGCGCCGACGCCCUCCGUCUCUUCCUCAUCAACUCGCCCGUCGUCCGCGGCGACUCGCUCCGCUUCAAGGAAGAGGGCGUCCGCGACGUUAUCGGCCACGUCCUCCUUCCCCUCCUCAACUCCUUCCGCUUCUUCCUCGGCCAGGCCGCGCUCCUCAAGAAGGAGCAGGGCGUCGAGUUCAAGUACGACCCCACGAGUCUCGGCAGCUCGAACGUCAUGGACCGCUGGAUCCUCGCGCGGUGCCAGACGCUCAUCAAGCUCGUCCGCACCGAGAUGGAGGCGUACCGCCUUUACACCGUCGUCAACCAAAUGCUCGGCCUCAUCGACGAGCUCACCAACUGGUACAUCCGCUUCAACCGCCGGCGUCUCAAGGGCGAGAACGGCCUCGAGGACACGACGCACGCCCUCAACACCCUCUUCGAGACGCUCUUCACCCUCGUCCGCACCCUCUCCUCCUUCACGCCCUUCCUCACCGAGCACAUCUACCAGGGCCUGCGGCCGUUCUUCCCCCACGAUGGCGAGAGCCUCGGCUGCGGCACCGACCUGCGCUCGCUGCACUUCUUGUCCUUCCCCAAGGCGCGCGAGGAGUACUUUGACGACGUCAUCGAGCGCCAGGUGUCGCGCCUGCAGGCCGUCAUCGAGCUUGGCCGCGAGGUCCGCCAGCGCAUGGUCAUCCCCGUCAAGACGCCGCUCGCCGAGCUCGUCGUCUUCCACCCGGAGCAGGAGUACCUCGACGACGUCAAGUCGCUCCUCCCCUACGUCGAGCAGGAGCUCAACGUCCGAACGGUCGUCUUCACCUCGGACGAGGCGCGGUGCGGCAUCAAGUUCCGCGCCGACGCAGACUACGCCGUUCUUGGCCGCAAGCUCCGCAAGGACCUUGCACGCGUCAAGAAGGCGCUCCCGUCCGUACCCUCGGACGACGUCAAGGCGUACCUCUCGACCGGCAAGAUUACCGUCGACGGUGUCGAGCUCGUCAAGGGCGACCUGACCGCAACGCGGUACGUCGAGUUGCCGCCGCGCGUCGAGGGCGGACCGCAGUACGAGACCAACACCAACAACGACGUUGUGAUCUUGCUCGACUGCCUGCGCCGGCCCGAACUCGAGCAGGAGGGUACCGCGCGAGAGGUCAUCAACCGUGUCCAGCGGUUGCGCAAGAAGGCUGGCCUCGUCGCGACGGACGACAUCGACGUGUUCUACUCGUUCGCCGAGGGUGUCGGCAAGGAGCUCGAGGAGAUCAUGGCUGCGUCUGGGGAUGUCAUCCGCAAGGUCCUCAAGAAGUCGCCGAGGCCCAAGAGCGAGUUCAAGGGCGACAAGGAGGUCAUCAUCGAGGAGGAGCAGGAGAUCAGCGACGACAAGGUCGUCCUCACCCUCGUCUGGGCGUAG